UCUUCUUCUUCUUCUUCUUCUUCUUCUUCUUCUUCUUCUUCCCAGUCACCGCCGUCAUUUCACCGGAAACUCCAUAGCUCUCUCUAGCUUCGUUUCUUUAAUCAAGGACUCGCCUUUGAAUCAGACACAAUGGAGGUUGACAAGAAGGAGGAGAUAGCGUCUGAUUCAUCCGAGCAAGUGGUGAACCCAUGGGAAGUCUCCGCCAAAGACGGCGGCAAAAUCGACUACGACAAGCUCAUCGACCAAUUCGGAUGCCAGAGACUCGACGAAUCGCUGAUCGAUCGCGUUGAGAGGCUCACUUCUCGCCAACCUCACGUCUUCCUCCGCCGCGGCGUCUUCUUCGCACACAGAGACUUCGAUUUGGUUUUGGAUGCGUACGAGAGAGGAGACAAGUUCUAUCUCUACACUGGGAGAGGACCUUCUUCAGAGGCUUUGCAUUUGGGUCAUUUGAUUCCUUUCAUGUUUACCAAAUACUUGCAGGAAGCGUUCAAGGUUCCUCUCGUUAUACAGCUCACGGACGAUGAGAAGUGCAUGUGGAAGAACUUAUCGGUGGAGGAAAGUCAAAGGCUCGCUAGAGAGAACGCGAAAGAUAUCAUUGCUUGUGGGUUUGAUGUCACUAAGACGUUUAUUUUCUCGGACUUUGACUAUGUUGGCGGUGCUUUCUAUAAGAACAUGGUGAAGGUUGCAAAGUGCGUUACGCUUAAUAAGGCUAUGGGAAUCUUUGGCUUUUCUGGCGAAGAUCAUAUUGGGAAACUCAGUUUCCCUCCUGUCCAGGCAGUUCCAUCGUUUCCUAGCUCAUUCCCACACUUGUUCCCUGGCAAAGACAAGCUCCGUUGCUUGAUUCCUUGUGCAAUUGAUCAGGAUCCUUAUUUUAGGAUGACACGUGAUGUUGCACCACGGUUAGGCUAUAGCAAGCCUGCUCUGAUUGAGUCAUCAUUUUUCCCUGCUCUGCAGGGAGAGAAUGGAAAAAUGUCGGCAAGCGAUCCAAACUCGGCAAUCUACGUAACUGAUACUGCAAAAGACAUUAAAAACAAGAUAAACAGAUAUGCGUUCAGUGGUGGGCAAGACUCCAUCGAGAAGCACAGAGAAAUUGGAGCAAACCUUGAGGUGGAUAUACCAGUCAAGUAUCUUAGCUUCUUCUUAGAAGAUGAUGCUGAACUUGAACACAUAAAGAAGGAAUAUGGAGAAGGAAGAAUGCUAACGGGAGAAGUAAAGAAGAGACUCACUGAAGUUUUGACAGGAAUGGUGGAAAGACACCGCAUGGCUCGAGCUGCUGUUACUGAAGAGAUGGUGGAUGCGUUCAUGGCCGUGAGACCUCUCCCAAACAUGUUCGAGUAACUAGAUGAUUACCUCUCUUUGAAUUGUUUUCUGUUUUUAUUUGAUAGAUUUUUUGAAAUGAUGAAAUGAUUCCUGAAAUCUUGAAAAGAAUUUAUUUACAAUGAGAAUCAUUUUAUUAUUA